CUACGAUUCGACAUUGACGUUUGACAGUCACACGAAUGUCAAAUAUACGUAAACGUAAUACAAAAUAAAAUUAUUAAUUUCUAAUUUUGUUGUUUUAGCUGUUCUAUUGAAAAUAAAUUAAUAAUUUUAGAUUCGACAUGGAUACAUUAAUUUCGUUUAACUCUAAAAUAAUGAAUAAAAUUAGAACAGCGGGUGAUGGAAUGGAAUCAAAUGAAAAUGUAAACGAGAACAAAACAAAUAGACAUGAAACCAGAACGGUUCUCCGAGCAAGCAGUAAAGAAUCUUUACUUCCUGGUCGUUUAGUACAAAUAUAUCCAUCAAAAAUAAUUACGCCUGAAAAGAAAAGUUCUCAUAUAUACUCUAAAAAUCCGAAGUUUGUCCCUUACGAACCUUAUGCAGGUGCUGUUAAACCAAUAACUCCUAGGCUGUUGUUGAAAGGAAACAAAAAAUCUAGAAAUCGUAUGGACAUAAACAAACUUAUCAACCAAAUGUCACAAAUGAACACUAAUAUCAACGAAUUUAAACCUAGAAGCAAACUAGCAUCUUGCAGUGAUAAGUCUGAAACAGAUACAGAUAAAACAAAAAUAGAUAAGGAAAUUCAGAAUAAAUUAGAAGAGUUAACAAAGGAAAAUGAAAAUUUAAAAGAGCAACUGAAGCAACAAGCGCAGGUGAAUAAGGAAUUAAAGACGAUGCUUGUGGCCUCGAUGGGUGAAGAUCUUGAGUUUCAAGUCCAUUCCCUGAAUGAGGAUAAAAAACACUUAGCUAAUGCUUUAGUCAAUUCUGCACAACAUUUGUCUACACACCAGGAACAAACAGAAUGGCUAGCUGGCCAAUGUGAAGUAUGGAGAAGUAAAUUCCUUGCUAGCAGCCUUAUGAUUGAAGAACUUGCGCAGUGCAAGAAAAUACUUAAUGAGAAAACAGUAAACUUGCAUCAGGCAGUAAAACAAUUGCUUGAUGAGAGAUGUAGAAUGAGAGAUAUGAUGAUUUGUACAUACAAAAACUUAUACAGCCUUCAUGAGAAUUGGCUAGAGAGUGUGGCUAUUUCUGAAUACAUGGGAAGUAAAAAUAGACCAAUUGGUAAUCUUAACUUUAACACUACCAUGCCUCAUUCUGCAAGUGUACUUGAUUUAGCAUCAACAAAUUUAAAAUUGUCUGAAAACAUCAGCAGUUCAACAGAGAAACAAGCAAUUAAUCAUUUAGAUUCACUAGCCACAGCCACUGAAGCCGAGAUUUAUGCGGAGCAAGUAAUGGCAAUGCCAUUUGAAAUGAAGAAAUUAAACGAGGAACCAGUAAAUGCUCUUGUUCAUCACGCUUACAACAAUAGUGGGAACAUUUCACCACCGGUUGCAUCUUGCAUGCAUUGUAAUGGAAAAGUUCAAUUGCUGUAAAUAAUACAUUUUUGAUACAAAUUUGAAAUAAAAUCUGACAAAGCUUGAGCUUUAAUUUAUAGUAUUCAAUAAAUU